CUGUCAAAAUUUCCAGAAACGCAUCUACUCGCGGUGUGUUAUGAAAUCAGAUUCAAGCAGAACCAGCGGAACAGAAUAACUCCCGGUGGAAGAACAACUAAACAGCAAUGUCCAUCAAAGUGGGAGGUACAUUUAGCCGCUCCGGAGGUAUCGUAUCCGCCAUCGGCAAACAGUUGAAGCUGAUCAACUUGAAGGCAGUGUCGAGGAUUACCGUCACAUUCGAUCCGUUUCAGGAAAAUGCCGUUCCCACUAGAGAGUUCCUCCAGCACCUAUCAUCGCCCCGAAGCGUUCAAUCGAAUCCAUCCUGCUUGCUGAAGUCGGAAGUGGUGUGCGACCGGCGGUCACCCUCCAUCGUGUUCCAGCUGAUCCCUUCGGUGCAAGCCGCAGCAAAGCUCAAAAAGAUCGAAUUCAACAGCGCCAACCUUUCGACGCUGGAACUGCUCCAGCUUUGCAACAAGCACGUGUCCAGUCUGGCCCCCCAGGAGAUCGUUUCCAGUGGCGUCAAGACCAAGUCCGAGAAGAAAGCCAGCGGAACCAAGCGCCGAUAG